CAACUCCCAAUUCCCAAGCCAACCACCACAGCAAAGCCUCCCUUCCUUUCCUCUCUUCGUCUUCCUCCUCCCUCCCCUCUCUCCACAGGUCAAAUCCUCCCCUUCCUUGCUUGCAAUCCUAGCAAGCUCCAAGAUCGCGGCAAGCUAGCCUCGAGGGAGGCCCGCCUGCCCGGGCCUCGGGCUCCGGGGGCCCGGUUCUUGAGGUUUCUUGGUCGUGGGGUCGAGGAGGUGGUGGGUGGUGGUGGCUGCGGCUUGGCGCGAUGAACAACCACGCGGCGGGCGGGAGCACGAGCAACGGCGGAUCCGGGGUCGACGGGGAUGGCGGCGGCGGUGGCGGCGCGGCCAGGAGGAACACCAAGAUGCCCAAGUAUUCCAAGUUCACGCAGCAGGAGCUGCCGGCUUGUAAACCAAUUCUAACUCCAAAAUGGGUUGUAUCGGUGUUUUUCCUUGUCGGCGUCAUCUUCGUACCAGUUGGUGUUGUUUCGCUGCUAGCUGCACAAAAUGUUGUUGAGAUAGUUGAUCGGUAUGAUGAUGCAUGCGUGCCAGCCAACAUGACUGAUAACAAGCUUGCUUACAUCCAAAACCCAAACAUAUCCAAAGAGUGCACAAGGACUCUGACAAUUACAGAGGAUAUGAAUCAGCCAAUUUUUGUAUACUAUCAACUUGAUAAUUUCUACCAGAAUCAUAGGAGAUAUGUGAAGAGCCGAAAUGAUGGACAGCUAAGGGACGCUGCGAAGGCAAACCAGACAUCUGCCUGUGAACCUGAGAAAACCACGGCAGAUGGAAAACCGAUUGUUCCUUGUGGGCUGAUUGCUUGGAGUUUGUUCAAUGAUACAUAUAGCUUCACUCGUGGCAAUGAGAACUUGACAGUAGACAAGAAGGACAUCUCUUGGAAAAGUGAUAGGGAGCACAAAUUUGGCAAAAAUGUCUAUCCAAGCAACUUUCAGAAUGGUUUGCUCAAAGGUGGAGGAACACUUGAUCCGGCAAUCCCAUUGAGUGAGCAAGAGGACCUUAUCGUUUGGAUGCGGACUGCGGCACUUCCUACAUUCAGAAAGUUGUAUGGGAGAAUAUAUGUUGACCUCAAGAAGAAUGAUACCAUAACUGUGAAGCUGAGUAACAACUACAAUACAUAUAACUUUGGUGGCAAGAAAAAGCUGGUCCUUUCUACUGCAACCUGGCUUGGUGGGAAGAAUGAUUUUCUAGGAUUUGCGUAUGUUAUAGUCGGAGGGGUCUGCUUUUUCUUGGCAUUUGCUUUCACCUUGCUAUACCUCAUAAAACCAAGGAAAUUGGGUGAUCACAACUACUUGUCCUGGAACAGACAUCCUGGAGGCCGUUAAGACGUCCAAAACACUUGUCGCAUAAAAAUGGCUCAUCCGGUGACAUGUAUCAUGUACUUAAUGAUGAUAUACUGAAAAUUGUCAGGGAGUGUAAUCAGGUCUUUGGUUUGACCUAGACCUUCAUGUACAUCUUAGCAUAAGAACCACGCUGUUUUGUUUCAUUGUUUCUUUUGUUAUUUCGGAACUGCAUAUAGCAGUGAUGAAUAGAAUCGGUACUGAUUGUUUUGUGAUGAAUAGAAUCCUAUCAUUCUGAAUGCCUAAACCGUUCUGUUAUUGGCUUAA